AUGAGCCAACUUUGCCUAUGGGUGACAUGCCAACCUGUUCAUGCUGCCAGUAUCAGAGGAGUCCUCACUGGUGCCUUCUUCAUUCUGGGCUGCUGGGGGCUCCCUGAUUUCCAGAAGAGUUUUCUUCAAGGUCUGGAACCCAAGGAGGUAUCCUCUUACUUUGGUCACCACGCUGCUGCACUCACAGGCCAUCCUUCCUCUCACCUUCAGAGACUGAGAUGGAGAAGGACUUUGGGGGACAUUCUGCACCUGGAACUGCUGGUAGCUGUGGGUCCCGACGUCUACCAGGUUCACCAGGAGGACACAGAGCGCUACGCGCUCACCAACCUCAAUAUCGGGUCAGAACUGCUGAGGGACCCAUCCCUGGGGGUUCAGUUCCAGGUGCACCUGGUGAAGCUUGUCAUUCUCUCUGACUCAGAGAGUACUCCAAAUAUCACGACCAACAUCACCUCAUCCCUGAUGAGUGUCUGUGAGUGGAGCCAGACAGUCAACCCCCACGAUGACAGAGAUCCAAGUCAUGCUGACCUGAUUCUCUAUAUAACCAGGUUUGAUCUGGAGUUGCCUGAUGGAAACAAGCAGGUUCGGGGGGUCACCCAGCUUGGAGGUGCCUGCUCCCCUUCCUGGAGCUGCCUCAUCACUGAGGACACUGGCUUCGACCUAGGGGUCACCAUUGCUCAUGAGAUUGGGCACAGCUUUGGCCUGGACCAUGAUGGUACUCCAGGUAGCGGCAGCACCUGUGAGACCAGUGGCCAUGUGAUGGCAUCUGAUGGUGCAGUAUCUACUGGAGGGGCCCUGGAGUGGUCCACCUGCAGCCAAAGGCAGCUGCAGCAUCUGCUCAGCACAGGGCAAAUGCACUGCUUCCGGGACCCGCCUGGGCUACAAGCAGGACUUUCAUGGCCCCAGCUGGUGGUGCAGCCCGGCCUCUACUACAGUGCAGAUGAUCAGUGCCGUGUGGCUUUUGGCUCUGGGGCUGUUGCCUGCACCUUCUCCAGGGAGGGUCUGGAUGUAUGCCAGGCUCUAUCCUGCCACACAGACCCCCGGGACCAAAGCAGCUGCAGCCGCCUCCUUGUUCCUCUCCUGGAUGGGACAGAAUGUGGUGUGGAGAAGUGGUGCUCCAAGGGUCGCUGCCGCUCUCUAGCCGAGCUAACCCCUGUGGCAGCAGUACAUGGACAUUGGUCUAGCUGGGGCCCCCCCAGUCCUUGCUCUCGAUCCUGUGGAGGAGGUGUGGUUACCAGGAGACGGUGGUGUAACAAUCCCAGGCCUGCCUUUGGGGGACGUACAUGUGUGGGUGAGGACCUCCAGGCUAAGAUGUGCAACACACAGGCUUGUGAGAAGACUCAGUUGGAGUUCAUGUCCGAACAGUGUUCCCAGACUGACAGCCAGCCAUUACACCUUUCCCAAGGCAGUGCCUCCUUCUACCAUUGGGACGCCGCUGUGCAGUAUAGUCAAGGGGACACUCUGUGCAGACACAUGUGCUGGGCUGUCGGAGAGAGCUUCAUUGUGAGCCGAGGAGACAGUUUCCUAGAUGGGACCCGUUGUGUGCCAAGUGGUCCUCGGGAGGAUGGGACCCUGAGCUUGUGUGUGUUGGGCAGCUGCAGGACCUUUGGCUGUGAUGGCAAGAUGGACUCCCAGAAGGUUUGGGAUGCGUGCCAGGUGUGCGGAGGAGACAACAGCACUUGCAGUAAACAGAAUGGCUCUUUCACAGCUGGGAGAGCCAGAGAAUAUGUCACAUUCCUGACAGUUACUCCCAACAUGACCAGCGUGCACAUCGUGAACCGCAGGCCUCUCUUCACACACUUGGCGGUGAGGAUCCAGGGGCACUACAUUGUGGCAGGGAAGACCAGCAUCUCACCUAGCAUCAUAUACCCUUCCCUUCUGGAGGACUGCCGUGUGGAGUACAGAGUGACUCUCACUGAGGACCGGCUGCCCCACUUAGAAGAGAUUCACAUCCGGGGACCUGUCCGGGACGACAUGGAGAUCCAGGUGUACAGACGAUAUAGGGAGGAAUAUGGGGAUCUUACACACCCAGACAUCACCUUUACCUACUUUCAACUGAAGCAGGAAGCCGUUUGGGUAUGGACUGCUAUACGUGGACCCUGCUCAGUGAGCUGUGGGGCAGGGCUGCGCUGGGUGACCUACAGCUGCCAAGAUCAAGCUCAAAAGGGGGUGAAUAAUGCCCUGUGCCAAGGGAGCCCACAGCCACCUGCAUGGCAAGAGCCCUGUGUCCCUGCCCCCUGCCCUCCGUACUGGACAGCUGGAGACUUCAGCCCAUGUAGCGUGUCCUGUGGUGGGGGUCUUCGGGAGCGGUUGGUGCGCUGUGUGCAGGUCCAAGAUGGUUUCUUAAGGACUCUGCCACCAGCCCGGUGCAAAGCGGUAGCCCAGCAGCCAGCAGCAGAAGUGGAAAAUUGCAACUCCCAGCCCUGUCCCACCAGACCGGAGGUGUCACACCCUGGCCCUUGCGUGUCCACCUGUGAAGACCGGGCCUCAGGGAAUGUGACAUGUGUGCCCAGAGUGAGUGACCUGGAGAACCCAGCAACUGCAGGUCCCUGCCUCACACAUGAGAUGCCGCCGACGCUGGAGCCCUGUUUCAGGACCACAUGUUCUCCAGGCUGGGGUCAGCUGGACACCACGGCUCUGGGAGAGGAGGCUCCAACCCCUGCGGGCAGCGACAAGCCAGGGCCUCAGGCUGCACAUGUGUGGACUCCUCUGGUGGGACUGUGCGCCACCUCCUGUGGACGAGGUUUGAUGGAGUUGCGUUUUCUGUGCAUGGAUUCUGUCCUCAAGGUGCCUGUCCAGGAGGAGCUGUGUGACUUGGCCAGCAAGCCCUCGAGCCGGUGGGAGGUCUGCUGGGCUGGCCCAUGUCCUGCUCGGUGGGAGACUCAAGUCUUGGCACCAUGCCCUGUGUCCUGUGGAGGGGGACGAGUACCACUAGCUGUUCAUUGUAUGCAGCUGGACCAUGGCCGACCUGUGUUUCUACCUCACUCCAAGUGCUGGCCAGUGCCUAGGCCAUUCCCCUUCAAGGACUGCAACCCUGAGCCCUGUCCUGCUAGAUGGAAAAUCCUGUCCCUUGGCCCAUGCUCAGCCAGCUGUGGCCUUGGCAUUGCCACACGAACAGUGGCCUGCAUGCAGCUUGACCAAGGCCAUGACAGUGAAGUGGAUGAAACUUUCUGUAAGGCUCUGGUGCGGCCCCAGAGCAGGGUCCCCUGCCUCAUUGCUGACUGUGCCUACCGGUGGCACAUCAGCACCUGGACAGAGUGCUCUGUCUCCUGUGGAGAUGGCAUCCAGCGUCGGCAUGACACCUGCCUGGGACCCCAGGCCCAAGUGCCUGUGCCAGCCAGCUUCUGCCAGCACCUACCCAAGCCUGUGACAGUGAGGGGCUGCUGGGCUGGACCCUGUGCAGGGCAGGAGACCCCCAGCUCACUGGCCCACGAGGAAGCUACUCUUCCCAGCCAGACCCAGGCUGCUGUCACUCUUGCUUCUCUGGAGUGGUCCCAGCCCCACGGCCAAGCCCGCACCCUCUUCCCAGCCUCCCAGUCUCCGGGGCUCCAGGAAAACCUGGAAGAGUCUGGUGCUUGUGGAAGGCAGUACCUGGAGCCCACAGGAACAAUUGACAUGCGAGGUCAAGGGCAGGUAGACUGCGUGGUGGCCAUUGGGCGGCCUCUAGGUGAAGUGGUGACCCUCCAAAUCCUCGAGAGCACCCUCAAGUGUAGUGCAGGGGAGCUGUUGCUGCUUUGGGGUAGGUUCACAUGGAGGAAGACAUGCUGGAAGAUGUCUGGCAUGACUUUCAGCACCCAAACCAACACGUUGGUGGUGCGGCAGCACCGCGUGCUGCCAGGAGGAGGAGUCCUGCUACGGUACCGGAGCCAACCUGCCCCAGGGACCUUCUACAGAGAAUGUGACAGACAGCUCUUCGGACCUCGGGGUGAAAUUGUGAGUCCCCCAGGGAACCCAGAUGGGAGGAAUGCAAAGAGCUGCCGGGUCUUCAUCAGUGUGGCCCCACAGGCCCGCAUUGCCAUCCGUGCCCUGGCCAGUGACAUGGCCACUGCCUCCAAGAGGACCAACGCCAACUAUGUCUCGAUCAGGGAUAUCCACAGUCUGAGGACCACAACGUUUUGGGGGCAGCAGGCACUCUACUGGGAGUCGGAAGGCAGCGAGGCUGAAUUGGAGUUUAGCCCUGGUUUCCUGGAGGCGCAUGCCAGCCUCCAGGGUCAGUACUGGACCAUCCCACUGAGAACACCAGAACAGGACAACAGUCUGGCUCUGUCUUAG